UCUCCAUGCAUUAACCUAACAAUUUCAAUCUCGAUCUCAAAUAAUAUUUAAUUUUUUUACACGAGUUUGUAUGUAUUGUAUAGAUCUUGUAUUAAUCGUUAUCUACAUACAAAUUGAAAAUAAUAAUAGUAGUAACACUAGUGAUUUUGUAAAGUAACAACUAAAAGAAUAAUUAUACUAAGUAAUUUAGAAAUUUAUAAAAUACUAAAAUGGAAGGUAUUCUGAAUAAGGAAACAGAUCACAAUAACAUCCGAGCUCUAGAGCAUCUCAAAUAUGAAUUAAAUUCAACUAAUUCAGAUGAUGAACAGAUGGAUGACGAUGAGGAUUCGAAAGAUGCAGUUCUAGCUAUAGAAGAAAUAAAAGAAGAACAUCUAGGCCACGAUGAUAGUUUUUCAAUCGGAGUUGUUGAUAUUAAGGCCGAAGAUAUAUUAGAUUUAGGGUCAGACAUUAUUUUACCUCAAGCUUCACAAAGCUUAAAUUCAAGUCUUCAUAGACAAAAAAAGGAGUUAAAAUCCAGAAAAGAAUUAGAGGAAGAAGAAAGAGAGAAAAUGCAAGUUCUAGUAUCAAAUUUUACUGAAGAUCAGUUAGAUAGGUAUGAAAUGUACAGAAGAUCAGCUUUUCCAAAAGCAGCUAUUAAACGUUUAAUGCAGACGAUUGCUGGUUGUUCGGUAUCACAAAAUGUUGUCAUUGCAAUGGCUGGCAUAGCAAAAGUAUUUGUUGGUGAAGUAGUAGAGGAAGGACUAGAUGUAAUGGAGGAAUUAGGCGAUACAGGCCCCAUACAGCCAAAACAUUUGAGGGAGGCCAUUAGGAGGAUGAGACAAUAUGGUGGAAUUCCUAGUGGUAGAGAUUAUAGGUCACAUUAUAGACUUUAACGGGUUUUUAUUAAAUGGCGUACUUAUUACAUACUGUGUAUGUUGUAAAAAUG